UAUUGUCUACAUUGAGGCUAGAGAAUGUUCUAUUAUCCUUAAACUUAGAGGCUUUCAUAGAACUUUUAAUCUAAAGACACAACCCUACAACAUUUGACCUUAAAGGCUAGGAUACUCUAUAUAUUGAUAUUAGGACUCUUUGUUUUUAUAAAAAGGAAGCAGCAUAUCGUUAUUACAAUACAUCCUAGGAUUGGAGCCUAUCAUAGUAGACCAAUAUUUAGUCCGAUCAGAUAAAAUAUUGAGUUUUGAGAAACAAACUGCAUCCUCACUAAGAAGCAUAUUUAUCGUUAAUUUGUAGAUAUUCUUUGUUAAGAGUAAAACUCCAGGCGAGUUUACCUUUGACAGAAUUAAUAAAUACUUUAUAGGCACAAGAAUGUCCUUUGAAAGCAUUGAUGUCCCAAACAGUUCGCAUGAAAGGGUGGUAAUACCAUCCAAUUCAACACUCAGCGGGUUUUUACGGAAUUGAUACCUGGUUAACAAUGUUCCAGUGCUGGUCAAUCUUAUCAAAAAGAAAGACUUUGAUACAAUAAUACACGAUUGAAGUUGAAUCUUAUCAAAUUAUUUCACUAUAAGAUCAAAUUUAGCAAAAGGAAAGAUCCAUAAAUCAGAAAAAUUAACGUUCCUCUUUAGCUCAAGUUGCUGAAUAGCUUUUCUCAUAAUGUCAUACUAUCUGCCAAGAUGGGACGAUAAUAUCACUUACCUUAUAAUUUGGGCUGUUUUGCUCUCGAUCACGAUCCUGGUACCCAUUGGGCUGAUGGUUGUCAACACCUAUUUCAAAAGCAACGACCCUCAGGACAUUCACGAGAAGAUGAUUCACGAACUAGAGACUUACAUUGAGAAGGCCAAUCACAAUCAUUUAGAUCCAGAAAAAUGAGUCCUUAUGCUGAACCACAGGUCUGACAAGAAAGGCCUAUAUCUCUCCUUCGAAAUUAUGGAUGGAGCUCCAGUUGAGAGCUCUGGACCAGCCAGGAUUGACACCGAGCCAUUACAGACCCACGGAAGACUGAGAGGCUCCAACUCUUCAGAGCCUGAAAAUGUCUACUUUGAGGACGAAAUCUCAAGUUUUAUUGAGGAAAAAUAAGGCUGAACAACCCCAGUUAAGAACUAAGAAGAAGAAAUUUGGAAGAUCCCCUGAAAAAAGCAAAGAAAUCAGAGUCAGCUCUGAAAUUGAAGAGAACUUUGAAGACAUCAACGAGUCAAGUGAGAUAGAGUAGAGAUACACCUAAAGAUUACGAUCCCUAGCAGCCAUUAUG